AUGCAGAGCUCCAGAACAUUCCUUCUCCAGGUGUGUUUGAGUCUGGUGGUUUCUACCGGGUCCUGUACCUGUAAGCCCCUCGGUACUGACGUCCAGAGUGAGGACAGUGAAAGUUUGGAAUAUCAGCUGUCAGAGGAGGACCUUGUGGAGGAGGAAGACACAGAAUCCAGGAUGGAAGACCUCCUCGGGACCAUGAAGGAGGGAUUUCUGAGGAAACUCAACCUGUCAGACGUUCCUCAGGAGCACGGCAAGAUUUGCCCGCCUCAGUUUAUGAUGGAGCUCUACAACAAGUACGCCUCAGACAGCACAGCAAUCCCUCAGUCUGAUGUCAUACGGAGCUUCACCGUCCAAGAUAUCACACUCUCUGUGAGGAACAGCACCAAGUUAAAGCACAGGCUGAUGUUCAACAUUACCAUACCCCUCCAUGAACGGAUCACUACUGCCGAACUCCAGCUGUUCUUCCUCCCAGACACCAGGUCAAAGGUCACCUCCCACAAUUUCCCAGCCACCAUCAAAGUCUAUGAAGUGGAUUACAAUGAGUCAAACCCCACAGCCCAGCCACUCGUGUGUAAAGAGGUGACCUGUUCACAGAGCAUGUGGGAGACGUUUGAUGUAACCACAGCUAUUCAGAGGUGGAUGAAGUCGGGCCAUGAGGCGACGGGGUUUGACGUGAUAGUUGACGGAAGUAGCUGCGGUGCUUCUGAUAGUGGCUGUUUGAAUAUGAGCGUGUCUGUUGGAGAUAACACUUCAGCAGCUUUAAUCGUCUUCUCAGAUGACUUUGGAAGCAGGAGGCGGGAGGCACAGAAGGAGCUAAGAGAGAUGAUCCUUCAUGAGGAGGAAACUAUCCUACACUCAGGCGCCGACUGGAACAGAGAAGACCAACCUCCAAAUGAAAUCAUGGAAUCCCAGCAUCCACGGCGAAGAAAGAGGAAGGCCGAGAGGGAAUACUGCCGUCGGACCUCGCUCAAAGUCAAUUUUAAGGACAUCGGUUGGGACAGCUGGAUCGUGGCUCCUCCAGAAUACGAUGCCUUCGAGUGUCGAGGUCAGUGUUAUCACCCGCUGACCGACGAAUCCACCCCGUCCAAACACGCCCUCAUCCAGACCCUGAUGAACAUGAGGAACCCCAAGAAGGCCAACAUGGCCUGCUGCGUCCCCAUCAGACUGGACCCCAUCACAGUCAUGUAUCAGGAGAACGGCCGCCUCACCAUCAGAUACCUGUAUGAGGAGAUGAAGGUGGCCGAGUGUGGCUGCAGGUAG